AUGGCCGCCCACAAAACAUUUAUCGUCAAGCGAAAGCUUGCGAAAAAGGCCAAACAGAACAGACCGUUGCCUCACUGGGCUCGUAUGAAGACCGGUAAUAAGAUCCGGUAUAAUGCUAAGAGACGUCAUUGGCGCCGCACAAAACUAAAAUUGUAA